AUGAUUCCUCAUCUGAAGAAUUCUGACCAAAAUCAGUUCGAUAUUUUUUCUUUUCUUUUUUCUUUUCAGCCAUCCGUCAAUUAUCCGACUGGGCGAAAGAAAACCAAUUCAUGGCAAGCAACCCAGGGCACUGAUCAAUGGCAGGGACAAGGAGUGGCCAUUUACAAAACUGACAAACGCAAUCGAUGCCGGCGUUUUUGCCUCCUUCUCCUCCUUCUUCUAUUGGCCGCGCUUUUCUCGGCAUUGGCCGCUUUCGUAUGCUACUAUUUCUUGCAGCCAGGUCUUGACUUAUUCAAAUUUACGAUGACUUAUUUAAAAAGAUCAGACGCUCUAUCUAUCUAUCUAUCUAUUUUUUAUCUCAAUAUCUAUAUCUAUCUAUCUAUCUUUCAUAUAUAUCUCAUCUAUCAUAUCAAUCUUCUUUUCUAUUCAUCUAUGUAUCUAUUUCAAAAUAUCUAUCUAUCUAUCUAUCUAUCUAUCUAUCUAUCUAUCUAUCUAUGUAUUCUAUCUAUCAAUCUAUCGAAUCUAUCUGGUCUAUUCAUAUCUAUCUUUUCAUAUAUAUCUCAGUCUGUUCAAAUCUAUGUAUCUGCAUUCAUAUCUAUCUAUCGAUUUCUGUGUAUUCAUAUCUAUCUAUCUAUCUAUCUAUCUAUCUAUCUAUCUAUCUAUCUACAUUCAUCAUAUGUUCCACAAAAGUCCGCCCAUUUUAACAAUUGA